AUGCGUGUCACGACCGUCCUAUCAGCGCUACGCUCCCAGUGCAUUGCAUUUCGCAGCGUUCGAUCCUUUGCAACGACGCGGCCGGCUCAAGCCAAGAACCGAAUCUAUCCCUCACGCGUCCGCAACGAAGACGAGCUCCAAACACUGCUGCUAGCCUCCGCUAGUACACGCAUCCCGCUUCUCACACUAUGGAUGACGACCUGGUCCCGCGACUGCGACGAAGUGUCACCGAUCAUCCGUGGACUGCUGGAGAAGGACGGCAUUGGUGAGGACAAAGGCUCCGUUGGCUUCGUGGAGGUCGAAAUGGACAGCCCAGACCUCGGCGGUGUUACUGGUAUUGCACAACGAUACAUGAUCAAUAAGACUCCGACACUGAUGGCAUUCGAUCGCCAAGAGCCGCAGAUUGAGACGAAAGUGUCGGACCUGGGUCAGUUGAAGGACAAGCAGUUCCUCACCCAGUGGAUUGAGAAAGAGGCGGCUAGACAUGGUGAAGGGGGUGCUGGGGGGUCCCUGAGUGGCCUGUUCAGCUUGUUCGGACGAUGA